AAGGAUGCCUCCUGAUAUUUUGCUUUAAUUAUCCAUUUACUUCACAGGCUAGCCUCAUAAGAUACUCAACUUCAUAAGUGAACUGAGGGAACUAGAAUCUAACACUUCAGAGUUGCUGUACAGAGUGGUCUUGAAAUAAUCCUUUGAGUCCCAUUUCUUAACAGGGCCAAUUGCAGCAGUAUCGGACAAGGGAGCUUAAGAGAACACAGAGCGCUACUGAGCAGGCACUUUUCUAGUGCAUUUGUCUGGAGAGUCUUGUAAGAGGCUACACUUCCUAACAGCCUUCUUUCAUUUGUUAAAUUGAAGCAUCUCAAAUGGAGCUACCCUGAUAACCCCACUUGGGGAAAUAAAAGUACCAACUGUGGCAAAAUCCUAAAUGCAACCUCAUUUGGUACAUGUUUGUCUGAAGGGCUGUAAUAUUAUUUGAAAAUGAGGAACACAAAGGACUUAAGGAGAGGGGAAAUGUAGCAUUUUCAUUUUUUAGAGACGUUAUAUUGUAAAAGAGGUCCUCUUUUCACUGCAGUAGGACAGACUACAGCAGAUCUUUUUUCAGUGGAGAUAAUGUUUUGCAUGGCAGGAAUCCUUUGUCUGGCUUAGCACAUACAGUAGCAACAGCACCAUUGAUAUACUUGUGGUUGCCAUACUAGAAAUCCUUUUUUAUUAUAAAUCUGUCUCAUUCAGAUUGCAGCAUAUCCAUUGAUGCUGAGUGCAGCUUACACAGCUGGAGUGCACAUUGUACACCCAUUUUUUUUCUGAAGAAUUUGGAUUUUUCAGAGGCCUGGACAAACAGCACAACAAACAAAAAAAUAUGUUUCGUGUCCACUGCAUGUUUCUUGUCCUGAAGGUUCAUAAAGUUUAGAGAUAAAAUCUGUUACUCUAAAAACAUUUAACACAUGGUGGGAGUGUGGUAGUGAAUUCUGAAGUGAUGUAUAUUGUACAGCUCCAGUUGCCUUCCUGCCCCGUCCCAUCCCCUUUGCCUCCCUGCAGAUGGACAGGUCCUGCAUGAAUUUGGAGGAGGAGGAUGGAGUUGGCACAGAACCUGGUUAAAGCACAUUCAUUGCUUUAACCAGGUGAACAAAACCCAAACCCAGCCAACAGAGGGUCACAUUUGUGACACAAUGACAGGGCCUUCUGGGAAAUGAUUUAAAUGGAAAAAAAAACAAAAACAAAAAACAAACAAAAAAACAAACAAACAAAACAAAAAACAAACAAACAAAAAAAACCCCCAAAAUCUCUAUUUCAGUUCUUGUCUACAGAGUUUGGAAUGUGGAGCUGGCAUUUCUUUUAUAGCUUAAGCUUCUUGCCCAGUGUAAGGCACCAGUGAGAUGUGGAUGCAAUUUACAACAGGGAGAGUGAGCUUGCCAGCAGCUAAAACAACCUGUACCAAGCUCCGCUAGUAAGGUCUUCUUUCUCUCCCAGCAAAGUGCACAUUUACUGGAAGUCUUUGCAGGCACAAAUGCCUGUGAUCCUACUUUGAGAUGUCCUGGGGUGUAAUAAUAUGUCACCAGAAGACUGGUGUAAGACCAAAGUCUUAGAUACUUCCUGAAAUUUUUCAUUCCUGCAAUUCUGAGCUGCCAUCCAUUCAUGCAAACUUCUGGGCUUCUGCAAAUAUCUCUCUGUAACCUUAAUUUUGUUAUUUAGUUUUGACAAUUGGCAUUUGACAGUGUCAUUUUCUGUCAUGUACAGUCCACCAUAGAAACAUCAUUUCCAAGACAAUGGAGAGGUUAUCACUUUUCACCAGUUACUGUGAUUAAAAUCAUCCAUAGUAGCAUUUUAGAGCAUUCAUCAGAAAUAACAACCUCUAUACAGAUGUGUAUAAAUAACUUGAAUUUGGAAAAGGGCCACUGUAUGUGGAGGAAUUUUUUAUAGCACUAAUAACCUACCUAGCCCAAACCUAAUGUUUAAUUGACAUGUGUCUGCCACACUGAGAGUUUUAUUCCAAGAAAAGAUUCUUGCUGAUAUUUUGAAGUCACGCAGGGGCUAGGGCUCUGCAGCUGCGUGUGUGUGUGUGGUUCCAGUCCUGCGUGUGUGACUGUGUGGUACACACACAGUACUGGAUGCUGAGAAAGUUAUGUGCCUUUACUGUUACUUUUCAAUGCUACUGCCACUUUUCAGUAUGUGGCGUAGACAUAACCAGCACACAAGUCUGAAAUUAUAGAGGCUCUUUAUUAAGCUCUUGAGGGCCUUCAGCUAAAUUAUUGCAUACACACAGCAAUAUACAGUCAUGCUUGGAGAGGGCUGAAUUGAUCACGUUUGGGUACAAGCAAGAGCAAUUGAUCACGUCUGAGUAAGCUGCUGUGUGGUGCAGGGCAAACUUGUUUGAAUCCAUCUUCUGUCCCCAUUGUUACUUGGGGAGGAAAGAGGUGCAGACACCUUUAACCUGAAAUAAUCAUUUUCAAUUGCAAUCAGUCAUGAGCACUUAGAUUCCUUUAAAUUCCCCUCUGAGGAGGUUAAACCUGUCCUAAUCAUGGCAUCUAUGUGUAACCUCUUUGCCCUGUAUCCCAGCAACCAAUAAACAUGAAAGCCAGUCAUUAAAAAUUAUAUCCAUCUUACAGUUCUAUAGGGAUAGGGAAGAAUAGUCAUACUUAAAUUUGUUUUGUCCUAUUCUUUUUUCUUCUAUGUUCCAAAUAAUAUGGGAGUUGUUUGUUAAGAUAGCAUAAUAUAGGCUUGAUUGAAAACAUUCAGUUGAUCAAAAUUUAGAGUUUAAAUAGAAUUUUUAGCCUGCAAGGUCCUUCAUAUCUUUAUUUAAGCAAAACUUAGUUUUUAGUUUUGUGUUAUAUAUAAAUGUCCUACAUCUGGAAUUUUCCUUCUUCCUUUGGACAAAGAAAAUCACUAGAUAUACUUAAGGGAUGGUUAGCUUUGACAAGUAGAGCUCAAAGGAGGAAGUGAAGGAAGUGAGGUGGACCACAUUCUGCAUUGCUGUGUUCUUAGCAGAGUCUCACAAGCCUUGCCCAGAGCAUAUGAGAUCCAUUGCAUUUGUUGACUUUGGUUAUUUAAACUGUUGGCAGAAUAAUGCUUACAGAGUGCUGGAAUAAAUAAAAGAUACAAGGUGCAUAAAGAAAAUGAAAGAUAUGUAGAACUUGGUGAGGCCAAGCAGAGCUCAGAUGUACAUGCAAGUGUGGAAGGGAUUCCCUCUGCAUCUUCAUUGUUCCUCCUUUCUCGACAGAGGGAACUCUAAGCAUUGAUGCAUCUGCAUUUACUGCAACAGCAAACCAGCAGCAAUGCUGAAAGUUUGCAAGAAGUUAAGCAAAGGACUCUUAAAGCCAUGCAAUGUUUCUGGAAUAUGAGCUUUGUAUACAAAACUAUAUUGAAAUGUAAUUGUACAGCCUCUAUAUAAAUACAAACACAGAGUAAAUCUAGAUAAUCUAUAGAAACUAAGUUCUCAUUUCUAAGAAUAAAAUUCUUCAAAGCAUUUAUGUCUAAUAACACAUAAGCUGGGCCUCGAAAAAUCUGCACUGUUGAUAGUGUUGAAUUUGCUUUAUCAUCUGGGUAACCUACAACUCAGUAGGACAUUUUCAUGACAGUACCUGCCUUGAUGAAAAACAGCAAGCUUCUCCACUAAAUAUAGAGCAUUGUUUUUGCUGCAGUCAUUAAAAUACCACAUAGAAAGAAAACUCGGAUUUCUCUGUGCAUAUAAGAGUGCACAUCUGAAUUACAACUUUUUAAUGAGAAGUUAACCAUCCAAGUUGCCUGAGUACUUUUGUUGCUUCAGUGUAUUUUGCGGAAAGCUGAUUUCAUACAGCAGAGAUGCUAGAAUUACAGGAGCUGUGGCAUCAAAAGGCGAUUUUCCAGAGGUUUGGCAUUCUUACGGUACUUUUAAAUAACCUCUCCAAUAAUUACCCACCAACAGUCUUCAUUCUUUUUUAAGUUAAUGGAUUAGCAUCUCUUGAGUGUUCAUUGACAUCAGGAGAGUGCACAUCAGACCAUUCAAAGACAUGGUUAAAUCAAUGGGUCCAUUCAAGUAUUUAAAGUGAAGCUCUAGGAUGCCAUGUGCUUACUAAUUUUGCAAUAUUGAGACAUGAAGUAGAUAAAGAGAAACAGAGGAGAAAUUUACAGUAAAAAUUCUAAAACAUUUACACAAAGAUAAAGGCAACAUGAAAACUCUUCCAUUGUACAGCUACUGAAUAGAAAGGCAUAUGCUUCUUUCCCUAAAUGAAAAGUCUGGAUAGGAUUUGUUGCUUGCUGCUGUCUUUCUGCAGUGUCUUAUUACACUCUGGAACUCUGAAACUAAGACAAUUGUAUCCUUAUGAUGCUUCUUUCCUUUGUUACCCCCUACAGUGUUGUGUGUGUUCAGAUGAAAAUAAUUUUAGAAGACAAAAACUGAUAAUGACUCAGUUUUGAUCAGGUUCUGCCAUUAAUGGUAGAAUAAGCUACAGCCCUUGAUUUUUCCUUUUUUGUGGUUUUUUGUUUUGUUUUGUUUUUUGGUUUUUGGGGUUUUUUUUGUUAUUUAUCAUUUGUCACCUUACAAAACUGAUUGAAAAAUGUUUGCCUGUAAGAACUUAUCAAUGCCUGCAAAACAUACAAUAAAUUUAUAGGCUUCUUUGUUAUAAUUUUUUUUUAAGACAGGAGUGCUAGAAAAGGUCUCCAGGUUGCCAUACUGACAGCCCUUCCUGUUCACUGCCCAGGGUCACACACUCAGAGAAUAAUGCAUAUACAGAAGUUAAGUCUCCACAUUCCUCAUAGGCUGUCAUAAUCUAUGAAUCUGUACUUGUAAUUAUAUACAGUCUCUCUUGAAUCUUCAUAGAUUCCCAGCCCUUAUUUUAUCCUGUUCAAGAAAUUGAGAAACCACCUUGAGGGAGAUGAUUCUCCCCCUCUCCUCCAUCCUUGUGAGACCCCACCUGGAGUACUGCCUGCAGGUCUGGGAUCCUCAGCACAAGAAAGAUGUGGACAGGGUGAAGCCAGUCCCGCGAAGGGUAACGAAGAUGCUCAGUGUUCCCUUGGCUGGAAAUACGUCUUCUCUAUAUGGUAAAGAGAUGUGCAGUUCUUAUCACCCAAAUACAAUGCGGAAGGCCAAAUACUUUUUUUUUUCAAGCUGUCAACACUCUCAGUCUGUCCUAGCAUUCUAAAAUGCUGCUUCUCAAAAAAUUAUGAAGGAGCUUCUGAAGACAAUUUCCCAGCAUCCCGUAUAGCAAUUUUUAAGAUCAGACAUAUUUUUUCCCAUUGUCUUCCCCAUGGCAAUUCUUGUAUUUGUGUUUCUGGAGUAUUAGAGUUUCUUUAGGUUGUGGGGCCACCUCUGGGGCCCAUCUGAUCCAACAGCCUUUUUCAAGUAGGGCCAGUGUAUACCUGCUCAGUCAAGGUUUGAACUUCUCAAAGGAUGGGGAUUCCAUAGCCAAUAGGGCAACCUAUUGCAGAGCUUGACUGACCUCCUGCAUAAAUGUUUUUUUUCAUAUUCAUAAUUGCUGUUGUUGCAGCAUGUGUCCUGUGUCUCAUGUCCUUUCACAGUACAUCUGUCAGAGGAGCCCAUGUCUGUCUUCUCUAUACGCUCCCAUGAGGUGGCUAAAGGCAAUGAGUGUGACACCAGGUGACUGAGCAGACAUGGCCAGGGCUCAGCCCUGUUGAGAUGUUUCUUAAGUUCUCAGGCAGCUGAAGGCAGCUGAAGAGACUAAAUAAGCAUAUAGCUGGGGGCUGCUGCCCAGCUGGGAAUCUAGAUGUGCAGAAGAAACUCUUCAUCUUACAAACACCACCAGCAGGUCACCUAUUCAACACAGCCAGGGAAACAGAAAGCCAUAAAACUACAAAGGACUGAAAUCCCCCACUCCAGGAGAAUGAGGAGCAGCUCUUCUGGAUCCAAGAAUUAAUAUUUUAUCAACUGACAAAUGAAUAGAAAAAUACGUCAGAAAUUUUCUGCUGGUUGUAAAUGAGUGAGAUUUCUUUUCCUCUGCAUGUCUGGAUCCUAAUAAUUAGACCUUUUCAGUAGGUGGUUCACUCAUAAGGCUAUGAACUGGCAGUGAGCUUCUCAUUUGUGUGGCAUAAGUUCCUUCAUUUGCAUUCUUGUUUCACUAACACUUGUUAACUUUUACUUUUGCCCACUCUUAAAAGACAUUGCCUAUGGAAACUGGGAGAAGUAGCAAGUAGUUUUUAAAUAAUAAAAAACUAGCUUUAAUUUUGUUUUGUAGCAUCAGCCUUUAUACUUCUUUUAGACAAGGGAGAGCUAGAAUGAAAAUAAUUUAAUUUUCUUGGUCAAUUUUCUUACAAGCCAAGGAAGAUAGCAUUUGGAUGUUAAAGCUAUAGGAGCACAGUUUAUGCAUUUUGCAGUAAGCUGGCUUUUUGUGCUUCACUUGUGAAUUGAAUAACCUCACAGUUAAUAGGAUUACACAUUAUUCCAAGAAUAAGAACAGGCCAGUCUUACAGAUGUGGGUAAGCCAGGAAAAGGUAUGCAUCACUGCCCUCCUUUUCUAUUCUUUUGUGCUCUGUCAUCAUGUUGUUCUGCACAAAUGCAGCACUUACAACCAUGACCCCAUAGUCAUUUUCUUUGGUGGUAGUAGUAUGGGAAGCAAAUACGUCUAUGGCAUGAAAAAAUAAAUGGUCUGUCAGAACAUGUCUCUGAUUUAUGUCUCUGUCAGUCCUAGAUGUGUCUUCUGUUUGGACUGAUGCCCCUGAUCUUGGACAGAGAAGUUGUAACUGCAGCUUUGUGCAUGUUUUCACAUAAUUAGGAGUAAAACUACCAUGCUGCAGCUCUGCUUUUUCUGGAGCACAUUCCAGGGGACUUCUCUGGAUAGAAAUGCAUAGAGAGCAUGCUAGAGCUGGUUGUCAUGUAACUUAAAAGAAAAGCUUGUCAUGUCUUCUCAUUUGGCUCAAAUUUUUCCGUAGAAGUUAAUGUCACAAGCAAUAAAUCUGUUAAUUUAAUAUUUUCAAUUUACACCAUUUGGGUUAGGGAAUUGAAAAACAGAACUAUUUAAUCUAUGGAUCACUGGCAAGCAUUUUUGAGUGGUAAAUGUUGCUCCAGAUACAUUACAGCAGGAAAGUUUCCUAUAUACACCUUCUAGGUGCUGGAGGAGAGUUUGGGGAUUCCUUUCAUUCCAUCUUCGGAGGCAAACCUGAACAGCUCAGAAUAGCCAGGGGUGUUCUUUUUCCAUUUCAUGCACCACAAAUUUAAAAGUAAAAGAAAAGAAUAAAAGUCUAUGUAAUGACAUAAUCUAUAUUAUAUAGAGUUUUAUUUUUUGUAAGUAUUUUAGCAGUAGCUCAAAUGCUUUGGCGAUUACAUUCUUUCCAUGACCAGAAAUUAGCUCUUUGUUUAUAGUGACCUUUUCAUGCCAAAACGCUCCGAGACUCAAUCUGUUUCUACAAAGCAAGUCUCGGGAUUGCAGAUGUCCUCCUUCUUUAGAGUACUGUAUUACUCUCAAGUCUCAAGGAGUUAUUACAGGAAUCUUUGUUUUAGUCUAGUCAAUCCAUCUUUCUCUGACUUAGAUCAGAUUAAAAGGUUACAGUUUUGGCUGCCUUCAUCAGGUUUAUCAUGGGUCACAGCUAAUUGCUGCCUCUCGUGGCCAAGAUCCUGGGCAACACUGUACCCACUUCUCCAAUGGUCUGGAUUCUCUUGCUGCUUUGCCAGAUAUCACUAGCAGUCCUGUUUUGGUCUCAGUCUUCUCCCCAUUUAGUUGUGUGAUUAAACCAUAACUUGUUACAUCACUUAUGUUUAGCAAAGCAGCUGGCUCCCAGAUCUGUGUUCCCUGAUAUACUCAGGCUGCUCUUGCGCCUAUGGCAAAGCAGGAGGACAGGAACUCUCAGCAAAUCUUCCUUUGCAUCAGCAUCUAGUGUGAGCACAUUUUCUACCCUUUCAGUUGUCUCUCUGCUUCUUCCUGCUUUCCUAAUCUGACUGUAGCUUUUUUGGUCAUGCCUAGCAGAUUUUCAGAGGGUCCUGGACAUUCAGGUCCCAGCAUGGCCACCCUGUAACUUUCUUGCGUCAGCUGGGGCUAAGAAAACCUUCUUUGCUUUCUUACAUCUCUUUUUGUUUCCUGAUAACAUUGGAGAGGAUGCACACCAAAGGAAAGAUUGCCUACUGCUUCCUAGUUGCCCUGGGAACAUUUGUCUAAAAUUGUAUCUUAAAACACCAUUCUUCAGCGAGAUCUCUCCCUGUCUCCUCAAACAUACUCAGGCACAUCCCUGGAUGGCAUAUGAAAGCAGCAACCUUCAUUUCCAAACAUUGUGCUUUAAACCUACUGCCUGAUUAUUCCUCAUAUUAGCCACCAAAAUAUAGUUAUUUCAAAUAGAAAUGUAUCUACAAAGGUAUUUAGUGUUUUCUUAAUAUUCUACAUUCCAGGAACAUACAUGAGAGAGUACAUUCACAGGAGUAAGAAGAAGGAGUAGAAUGAGGGAGUCACUGAUUACCUUCAGCCAAGGAAUCGACCCUUUGGCCAUACUGUGGACCAGUCACACUUGCCAUCACUAUACAAAGGAUAUUUUAAGCAUAAAAUUGCACAGAUCAAAGUAGAACUCUCCUGUGACCUGCUCACCUCAAGGACUCAACAGAACCAGUUCCCAGCCAGUCGUGUACACCACUGAAGGAAAAUGGACAUACUGAACAGCCGCCACUUUUUGUACUUUCUGCCUACCACACGCCUUGUCAUCUUAUUAGCAGCUUUGACCACUGCUGAGGAUGUGAGUAACAGCACUUUCAACCGCACUGACACACACACGGGCGCCGCGCCUGUGGUGAUCUCCCGCAUCGACCACAUCAUAGCCAAGGAGGGCAGUAGUGCCUUGAUCGACUGCAAUGUCCAAGGGAGUCCCAGCCCACGUUACAGAUGGUACAAUUCCAAUGGCCACCUGCUCCAAGAGGAGGAGAAUAAAGGAAAAUGGUGGUUUCUUGACAAUGGGCUACUAAACAUUACCCGCGUGUCAUUUGAAGACAGAGGUAAAUACACGUGUGUUGCAUCUAAUAUGUAUGGCAGUGUUAACAAUACUGUGACGCUGAGGGUUGUUUUUACCUCUGGAGAUAUGGGAAUCUAUUACAUGAUUGUCUGCCUUGUCGCUUUUACCAUUGUUAUGAUACUCAACAUUACUCGGUUAUGUAUGAUGAGCAGUCAUCUGAAGAAAACCGAGAAAGCAAUCAAUGAAUUCUUCAGAACAGAAGGGGCAGAGAAACUUCAGAAGGCCUUUGAGAUUGCAAAGCGUAUCCCAAUUAUCACAUCAGCCAAAACGCUCGAGCUUGCCAAAGUAACCCAGUUCAAGACCAUGGAAUUUGCUCGCUACAUUGAAGAGCUUGCUCGGAGUGUACCUUUGCCACCUCUCAUCAUGAACUGCAGGACUAUAAUGGAAGAAAUUAUGGAGGUUGUUGGUCUGGAGGAGCAAGGGCAGAAUUUUGUACGGCAGGCGGCAGAAGGCCAGGAGACCACUGAAACAGAUGAGCUUUACAUGAUCCCAAAUGCUUUGACGCGCAGUGAAUCUCCCACAGGUGACUCGGAUGCAUCGUCACUGCAUGAGCCACCUCAACAGAUUGCAAUAAAAGUCUCAGUUCACCCAUUGUCCAAAAAGGACUGCAUGGAUGGUCAGUCACAGGAAAGCAUGCAGUUGGACACCAAGGAAGAAGACACUCCUCAAACACCAGCACUUCCUGCAGAGCUGCCUCCUGAGCCUUCUGCUGAACUCAGUUCUGAUGACACAGCAUUGGCAAAUGACAAAAAUACAUGUGUUAUAUAUGAAAGCCAUGUAUGAUAGUUACUCCUGAAUCUAUGCAUAGCAGGAAAAUCAGGUGGAGCUCUUUUAAAAAUACAUAUUGUACUUGCCGCUAAGCCUUACCUGGAGACUAUCAUAGCAAAAGCAUGUAAGUGGAUUAUUUGGCACUUUCUUCUCAGUUUGAGUUUAGUUUACCAUGAUGUAUGGCAGAGUAAUUGCUAUUACAUUAAUAUUAAUUGCUCUUUUUGAUUAGGAGUAUUUCCAAGAAACAUUUACCUCAGCAUUUUCUAGGUUGGAGUCACCUGUAGUAGCUCCUGGAAGUCACUGAUAGUCUUUGGUAUAGGACACUUGAACUUACUAAACAUAAAACUGGUUUCCAUUUUCCUCCUUCACUCUCGUUAUUUCCAUCUAUUGCAUUUUUGCAAGUAUUAACUUGUGACUUUGAAAUAUUGCCCAAGAGGCAGCACUCCAGUAGCCAAAUAAAAUCCUAAUAGAUCCCAUUUACAAAGCCUGUUUGCUCAGCUGCAUUGUGAUUUAGAGGGCUAUUAAAGAAAGUUAAAAUGUUUCCAUUUCAUUUGAGACCACACUGCUUAGCCACAUGGGAAAUAGUUUUCCCUUUUUCAUGGAAUGAAGAUGCCAACAAUUGUUUGUUUUGCAUGAAGAAACAACUUUGAGGUGUAUAUUACAGAUGGGAAAGCCAUCAGAGAGUUGCAGUUCAACAGCUCUGCGGGGGUUUUUUGCAUACAUUUGAGCAUUUUCUAUGUCGCCAGAAGUUUAUAUGGCAAACAGCUGCAAAUAUGCAAGAAGUCUUGUUUUGAAGUAAUUUGGAAGCAGUAACUAUGUACUACCUUACCAGAAGAUAUGCAGGUUCCAUAAUAGUCCUGCAAAUGCCAGUAAUCAGUUGAUAACAAGGCUGAAAUGGCAAAAUACCCUUUUAUUUGGCUUCUUAAUUUUGAUAUUCUGAAGAUCAAUCCUAAAUUCAUAUAUAAGCAUCAGUUUGAGAGUGUUGUAUCCAAACUGAAAAAAAAAAUAUAAUCAAGUGUCCUAUAAAAAUACAAAGACAGUCAUGCAAACUGUUAAAUGCGAUAUAAUUGUGUUGAGAUUUUGGGAACCUCCUAGAUAUAGGAUGUUCACUGCUCGAGUACAUGUGACUCUACCCAGUAAAGCUUUAAUGAUCGUAGCAAUUGUGGCAUUAAAAAGGAUCAACAUCUCUGCCAGGAAAUGCCAGGAGUGGAAGGGAAGUAAUCAUUUCUCUUGCAGAUAGGCAAUAAAAAGUACCUUCUCUGCAGUGAGUCUGGAAAGAAAGCACUUACAAGGAGUUUGUGUAGGGUUAAUAGCAUAUUACUUAAUUACCUGACACAUUUAGUUUGAAACUAAUGAACAAACUAUCACCUUAGAGUGUUUAAGAAGGAUUGUAGUAUAAAUAUAGAUGUUUAAAAUAAAUCUGGAAUCAGGUAUACUGUAGAAAAAGAAGUCUCUUAGGUCUAUGGUGACAUGAUGCAUGGAUGGCUUUCUGGACAUUUUAACAAAGCAGCCACAUCUCCAUAAGGUGUCUGUUGGAGGCAAUCAGUUAUAUUAACUGCACGGGUAAUCAAGACCAGACAAAAUCAGUGUUGCAGGUACAUAAAAGAACCCUUGAAAAUGAACUGAGGUCUUGUGUCAACUUCCACAUGUUAAAGUGCAGAGCCUCAUCAGCAGUGCAAUACAGGAAUACCCCAUGACUUACAUAGGUGAUGCAGAGAUGGUUUCAUAUUUAUCUUUCUGUGGUUAUUAAAAAAAAGACAUGUUUAAUAAUGGACUUCAGAUUUUACAACCAAUUUGUGAGAAAUAGCAGCAUUCAGAUGUCUCAUUUUUUUUGUGCUCACCACAGUGGCAGGUUUCUACACAAAAUGCAUUUGGACAUGCCCAAAAGGAAACAUGCAAGGGCAAAGUCCCAUUAGGAAUGUGGCUGGGAAUAUUUGAGUUCCAGUGAAGCAAUAUAAAUGUAAGACAGAAGUUAGUUUAAAAGAAUACCAUAAAGAACCUCACGUCUGACCAGUGUGAUUGACAAUAAUAUGGUGCAAACUGUUAACUUCUUGUCUGAAUCCAAAGGACAUUUCUGUUAUUGUUCACAUCAGUUUUUCAAGUUACUUGAUUUGCUUCUGAUAUGAAAAAGAACAAGGGCAGAAACAAAAUCAGCAACUUGCACUAAACUCCUUCAAUUCACCUUAACCUCCUGAGAUACGUUGAUGUUUCUGCCUGUCCAGCAUUUACAAACAAUGCCCAUGCAUUCUAAAGUUACCUACCUGGUGCCCAACCAAGAUUGCACAGAUAAGCAAGGAUGUUCUCCUUGAAAGCCUAAAAAUAACUUUUAAAUUACACUUUUUUUAAGUUAUAAAAAUAUUUAUUACAGUAUUUUAAUUUUAAUCUUUUUAAAGUAUGAAGUUUUUACAGUAGAGAUCAGACCCCUCCAUGUAUUUCUCUAGUGUUCUGACCGUGACUGCUUCUCUGAGGCUGUUCUCCAGCCUCUUUAUUAUUUAUUUAUUGAGAAACAUUUGAGAGCAAACAAUCCCCAUGGAUUUCUUCAGUACCACUGUGUAAACUUCCUUGAAGAUACAAAUGAUGUUUUUCCCUAGAGGUUGCCCACAAAGGGCACAUUUGAAGUACACACAAACGCACAUUGCAAACCACAUAUAAGCAGCCGGUACUUGGAUUAGAUGCGUGCAAUACAUGGAGGGCUGGACUCCUGCUGUUGCAAGGUCAGAGGGAACCCUGAAUUUUCUAGAGCUGGAGUCACUCAGAGAUGAGAGUUCACAAGUAGGACUGCUCCAGCCAGUCUGGACAUUUAGCUUUGUGUUAUUAUCAGAAUAAAAACUAAACAGCACUGUAGCUGAAGAAAAUACAGAUUUUAUACGGAACCGAUGGUUCUGGUUUAUGUGAUUUUUUUGGUGGUUUUGUGUCUGCUGCUCAGUGUCUUAUGCACCCAUUAUAUGACACUUCUAAGACUAAAGCUUUUUGUACGCUUUCAGGAACUUCCUUUGUGGAAGACAGAAGGGAAGCAAGACCCAAACCUGUCUUUCCUGUUCCAAACUUUCCAGCUGUGCUAUUAUAAAGUAUGCAAUUGUAUCUUGCAGUAUUUCUUAGCAAAUGGCUGUUUUAUGGUCCAAAAUCACAACUAACAAACAUAAAAUUAAUAAUGGCUCUAAGAAAAUAUUAAUGUUUGCAUUGUUAUAUAUUUUCAUGCACAUUAAGCACUUCAGGGGCAUUAAUCUGUUCCCAUAAUUGGACUAUGCACACUUUUUGUUACAUUUUUCUAUUUAUUGUACCGCCAAACACUAAUGGUUCUUAAAACACUCAGAAUCUGGAAAAUCCAAUCCAACUGAAAUUGCAUUCUAAAAGUAAAGGAACACCAAGCCAGGCUUAAUAAGCAAAAGAGAUUUGCACAAUUAUAUUUACACCAUUUUCAAACAAUUUUGCCAAACUUCAUGAAAGAUGACUAGAUUUCUGCAGCAGAAGAAAUCAGUGUUGGAUUUGAAUUUCACACUUAUUAUUCUUUUUUUGGUAAAUGUAAGACCAUACUAAUCAGACCACUUAAACAUAAUAUUCACUAUUUUCUCAACACCUUCUUUUUGAGCAGCAUUUGAUCCUUUUUUUGUUCUCUGAUUCGAACAUAUUUGUGGUGAAACCUAUCCUUCAGGGGGUUUUUUGUCUGUCAUAUAAAAAAAUUAAAAGAACCCAUAGACCAGCAUUUUGUGCAGGUUUGUUGGUACUUGGUAAGGCACAGAAGUACACUCGUGUGCUUAAAAAUUAUUGCAUAAUCAUAAGACUUGUGAAAUGGCAUAUACAGGCAGAUGUUGAUUUUUUUUUAAAUCAGUGCCUGUUUUAUUCUAAUGUAGAUACUAUGUCAAUUCCUUGAUUUGCAGUUACCUUUUGACAAAAGUACUGUACCAUACAACCAGGGCUUUCUGACUUUCAGUUUGGUCAGAUUAACUAAUUCUAGAAAGUGUUAACAGUGUCAGAUUUUCAAAGUUCUCAUGGAAUAUCUUGGCAGCAUGCUAUUUUAAGAGUUGGCCUCUUAAGUAUGCCAUAUUUAGUGGGACAACUGAAAGCUUCUUAGAUGCAAAGGAAAUGCUUGCACUAAAGUCUCGUAAGUUAUAUUUCAUUUAUUAUGAAAUCCUUUUUGAUUUUACAAGAAAUGUAAGACAAAUAUGAAUGUGUUCUUUUGAGAAGCAGUUGCUGUAUUUUGAUUUAAAUAACUGUUAUGAUUUUAUAGCUCACAGCCGUAAACCACAAAGAGAAAAGUUCAUGCUGAAGUGGCAAAAUGAAAUGUGAUGUAGCUUGUACAUUGAUCAUCGUUUCAAUAAAGAAUUUGCACAGAGAA